AUGAGAGUUAUUUACAAAAUCCUAUAUGGAAGCAUCGUUCUUAAUUAUCGGGCGACUAGAUUAAGGCACGGCAAGAAGAGGGAUUUCAAAUCUCGAGUCAAAGCGCAAAAACUCGCUCCUAGAGAUCCAGCCCUACAUCCACAUGCGAAUGUGGAUAUAAGAUGGGACAUGACGUAUGAAAGUGAUGGUAGUUACUCGGCUAAUGUCACAAUCUCCAACUACGUGAUGGAUCACGAAAUUGAACAGCCAUGGAAAUUAGCGUUUAUAUGGGUAAAAAGGGAAACACUACUUAGCACUUUGGGUACUGAAGGCACACAACACGGCUUUGUUUCUGUGGGUAAGGACGACGACGACACGUACUGCUUGAACAACGUGACCUUUGUGGACUUACCACGACAAACUGAUCCUACUCUCUGCAUAGGUGGUGUGAUGCUUCCGAGCUUAAUCAAAGAUGACAUUGCGAAAAGCUCAACUUCAUUUCAGAUUUCUGUUAGCCAUUUUAAUAGUAGAGGAUAUCGUGCGCACCAGCCACCUUCUGAUGCAACUUUGACCACACGAGGAUUUGAAUACGAUCGUGAAUGUGAUUCAAUGGAGCAAGUAAUUGAUGCUCAUCUGAAUACAUGGAAGACGAGGUGCAUUCUCUCCAUUGCCAAAGCUAACGAGUUCGAGGAGAUUCAUGAAGAAUUAUGA